AUGUUAACUAGUAGAGUGUGUGGAGAAUUUGAAAGUAUGUGGAAAUUUUUUUCCGAUGAAUUAGAUGAAUCUGGAAAAUAUAAUUUUUCUCGUGGAAUGCUCGGGAAAUACUGCCCUAAAUCUGGAAACUGCGAUAACGAUAUCUAUAAGAUUGAUGCUGGAUGUUUAUGGUUAUUUAAUAAAUUUUAUGGGGAUAGUAAUAAUUUUUCGAAUAAUGCAAAUGCCAAGAUUGGUGUUGCUGUAUAUAUUAUGGUAUGGUUAGGCUAUAAGUUAAAUAAAAUGUUAAAUACACAAUUUUCCAAUUUAAAUGAAUUUUAUAGUAAGCAUAUGAAAACAGUCAAUGAAUAUAAACAGUCCAUAACUGGUGUUACAGAAUAUACAAGUUAUAUUGAUCUUAUAAAUAAACACAAUUAUGUUGUGAAUAUUUCUAAUGAAAAUGUGCCUAAAUUUUAUGAUGCAUUCAAAAUUUUAUGCAAUAUGAUUAAUAAUGUUGAUAAAAAAGAUGGUGGCAAAGCAUAUUUAGAAUAUGCUAAUAAAUUUGUUGAUGAAUAUGAAAAACUUUUUAAUGAUAAUAAUAAUGUUGAAGGCAAUUCAUAUAAUAAACUAUUAUGUACAAUGUCAAAUGAUUAUACUGUUUUUGGAAAGACUGUUGCUAAUCCUAAAAUGCGAAAUAAACUACCAGAACUUACAACGAAAAAAAAAACACAAAUUACUUCAAGUCCUAAUGUAUCACAAAUGGAUACUUCCUCGCCUGGAACAUCAACAUCAGUUUCUGAAAUUGAAAUAUCAGAUCCUGACUUAAUGCCGCCAAGUUUAUCGAUAUUAAAUAAAUUAAUUCCAAUUUCACUUAUAUUUGUUGCAAUAUUAAUUUUAUUAGGAAUUGCAUAUAAGUAUUCAUUAUUUAGGUCUCGGAAACGAUCCCAAAAACAAUAUUUAAGAGAAAAGCUAAAAAGAUAA